AUGGAAUCGAAAGAAAAAAUCCUCUCUUGCUUGAACAUCCUGAAAAGGUUGCCUCCAACUCAGAUGUAGAAGAAUGCAGCAGCAUUAGCAUCUUUGAUUCCUGAUUAUGCUGAAGAGUUAUACUAGAAAAUAGAUAAACCAUUAGGUAUGAAAAUGAUGAAAAUUUUAGAUAUUGGAUAGGAUGAAAAAGGAAAUCAAUUUAUAUAAUCUGAAUUCAAUAGAGAUGGAGACUCAUUUAGAUCUCAUGUAACAAAUUAAUAUUAUCCUCCAAUUGAUGAUGCAGUUUAUCCUUCUGAAGCAUUACGUAAAUUAGAAAUCAAAGCAAAUGCUGUCUUUGAUGAAUAUAAAAGAUUGUACUUAUAUAAUAUAUGAAAAGAUAUUAUGAAGGAGGAUUGUCAUCUUGUUAUUUUUGGGAUAAGGAAGAUGGAGGAUUUGCUACAGCUUGGUUGAUAAGGAAAAAUGUAGAAAAAAGUAAGGGAAUUGAGGAUGGAUCUUGGAGUUCAAUUAAUGUGAUAGAUAUUAAGACAGAUGGAAAAUCUAAGUGGACUUACAAGAUAACUACAUCAGUUGUUUUAGAAAUGAAUAUUGUUUAAAAUCAGGAUGUUGGCAAAUUCAAUAUAACAGGCACAUUAACCAAAUAAGUAUUCAUUACAAUAGAUUUUGUUAGAAAGAAGAAUCUUAUGAAGCUCCUGCAGGUAAUAAAGAUUUAGAGUUGUUUCACAUAAUGAAGAUUGGAACUUUAGUGGAAGAUGUAGAGAGUUACCUCCGUUCUCAAUUGGAUAGUGUUUAUUUUGGCAAAACCAAAGAUGUAAAUUCUUUUUUUAAAUCCUUUAAUAGAUAGUAUUUUAAACACGCUAUAUAGAAGGAGAAAAGAAUUUCAUUAAAUAAAGAUAGGGAUUGGCAGGCGAAUUUAAAUAGAAAUAUGGAUGAUAUAAUUGAAUUCAAUAAUGAAUUUUAUUAAAAAUAAUAUAAAACCAUUUCUAUUGACUUCUGGAAUAUUUGGUAUUAGUGGCUAUGGCUACUUGUAUUAUACAGCAUAUUAAAACAAAAAGGAAUUAUAAAUCAAAAAAGAAAAUGAAGUAGAAUUCAAAGACAAUACUCGACCUUAAAAUUAAUACUUUGGUUUAAGUUAUGGUUUCAGAGCAGAUUAAAUAGUAUUGGAUAGAUUAGACUCUGGUGAUUUAGUGUUUAUGAAAUUUGAAUGCAUGGAAUGUAUCUCAGUAAGUGAUAUAAUUAAAUGUGAAUAUUCUUAAUUCACUAAGCCAUAUCCUCAUUAUGAUUCCCUUGGAAUAAUCUUUAGAGAUAAUAGAAAUGUUUAUGUACUCUACAAUCGAUUUGGUGAUAUUGUAAUUGAAGAUUAUGCUGAAUUUCUAUAAAAUCCAUUCUGGAAUGAAAUUACAAUCAGAAAGAUAAUCACAAAACAUGAAAUUCACAAAACUCUUAAGCCUCUCUUCUAUAAUGAAGAUUAUAAAUAAUUAUUUGCUAAUAAACCCUACAUUCCUAUAGUACUCAAAUCAACAGGUUUAAUAGAAUAGAAAUAUCAAGAUAAUUUAGAUCAAGUGUAUAUUGAGGAUUUAGAUGUUGAUGAAUUCCCUUAUUUUAUUAAUGGCACUUCCUUAGGACCAAAAAUAAAUGUUAGAACAAAAAGAAACAAAGACUUAGAUGCUAAGUGA